AUCCUAAAAAAUAAAAUAAAAAAUAAAAAAACCCUCCCUCUCCAACGCCUGGGUUUCCCAGACUGCAACUAACUGUUACCAUGGGUCGUUCGCGCGGUCGCCCUCCUUCUUCCGGAACCUCCACUGCCGCCGCCGCCUCUGAUGAUCCAAACAAUAGUAGAUCUUCAAAAAGAAAAAAGACGACUUCCAAUGUAGGGAGUAUAGAGACUGCAUUUCCAGCAGUAUAUCAAGAAAAGGGUCAAGGGAAACUGGCACUAUACCACUGCAAUUACUGUCAUAAAGACAUCUCUGGAAUGGUUCGCAUUAAGUGUGCAGUGUGUCCUGAUUUCGACCUUUGCGUUGAGUGUUUUUCUGUUGGAGCCGAAGUGACUCCUCAUAAAAGCAAUCAUCCCUACAGGGUUAUGGACAAUCUGUCUUUUCCGCUCUUUCAUCCAGACUGGAAUACAGAUGAAGAGAUAUUACUUCUAGAGGGCAUUGAAAUGUAUGGAUUUGGGAACUGGACUGAAGUUUCAGAACAUGCUGGAACCAAGAGCAAAUCUCAAUGCAUUGAUCACUAUAAUGCUGUAUACAUGGACUCCCCAUGCUUUCCUCUCCCAGACAUGUCUCAUGUUAUGGGAAAAACAAGAGAGGAGCUCCUUGCAAUGGCCAGAGGAAAUGUUGAAAUGAAGAAAGAGUUGUCUGCUUUUGAGGAGCUUACGCUGAACCAAGAGUCUCCCUUCUCUGUGAAAAUUAAAAGUGAGGCAUCAAAGAAAGAAGAUUUAGCCAGCCAUUCGUCAUCUAUAGUAAAUGCAGAAGUCAGCUCUCAUAUGGGUUCAAGCAGUGGCAACACAUUCUCAGAUGCAGUUAAGAAAGCAUCUAACGAGGCCCAGAUUAAGGAUAAGAUUAAAGUGGAAGAACCUCUGUCUGACAGGAGUAUUCGAGAGAAAAAACCUAGAAUUUGCGGAGAGGAAGGACCUUCAAUGACAGAGUUAAGUGGCUAUAAUUUCAAGAGGCAGGAAUUUGAGAUUGAAUAUGAUAAUGAUGCAGAGCAACUACUGGCAGAUAUGGAAUUCAAAGAUACUGACACUGAUGCUGAGCUUGACAUGAAACUGCAAGUUCUGCGCAUUUACUCAAAAAGGCUUGAUGAGAGGAAACGGAGGAAAGAUUUUAUUUUGGAAAGAAAUUUGUUUUACCCUGAUGCAUUUGAGAAGAACAUUUCACCUGAAGAGAAGGAAAUAUAUCAGCGUUACAAGGUCUUCAUGAGGUUCCACACAAAAGAAGAGCAUGAAGAAUUGAUGAAGACUGUUAUUGAAGAUCAUCAGAUUAUGAAAAGAAUACAAGAUCUUCAGGAAGCUCGAGCUGCUGGCUGUCAAACAGCUGGUGAGGCCCAAGGAUUUAUUGAGCAGAAGAGAAAGAAGGAAGCCGAAGAAAGUGCCCAAAGAGCGAAGGAAAGUAUGCAAGCAGGCCCAGCAGGUAAACUGUUGCCAAAGCCAAAUCAUCUUGACAGCAGCCCUCGUGGAGCUGUCAAGUGUUCCACCGUUUUUCAUCCUGGUGGCAACGACUCAUCUUCAAUGAUUGCAAAACAAGCAAUUUCAAGCACCCUCGAUGAGUGGGAUAUUGCUGGAUUCCUAGGGGCUGAUUUGCUCUCUGAAUCUGAUAAGCGUCUUUGUUGUGAGUUGAGAAUACUACCUGCACAUUAUCUCAACAUGCUGCACAUAAUGUCAAUAGAGAUAACAAAGGGUACUGUUACCAACAAAACCGAUGCUCAUAGCCUGUUCAAGGUGGAAUCAAGCAAAGUGGAUAGAGUAUAUGAUAUGUUAGUGAAAAAGGGGAUUGCUCUAGCAUGACUCUAGGUAUGACAUCUCCAUUUUUGUUGAUCUACUUACAUUGUUUGUGAAAGAGAAGCAGCGUCAUACCAAUAUAUUGUAUUACUCUCUUGUAAGAACGUAUUUUGACAAGGCAUUCUAUUAUAGAUAGUGUAGUGAUCUUUUGCAGUGUAAUUAGUAUUGGCUGAUCAAUGGAAGAAGAUACACAAUGGUGGUCUUGAGUAUUAA